AUGUUGUCACGCGUGGCUCGUCAGAAAAAUGCUCUCUUCCACUCGCGAAAGGUCCAUGCCCUUCGAGCAUCGGUCACCUUGCCGACCACCCGUCUCCAUUCCUAUACAAACAACCGGGCCUCGAUCGUGAACCCGCCAUUCAGUAAUUCCCGCACGUCGACUUUUCAAUCAAAACGUCACCUUGCGACGGCUGCCGACCACCCUGGCUUCGAUACGCAUUCAUCGGGCCCGUCCGACUCUUUCAUGCACAUGCCCUACGACUCUUUCGACACCUCCUCCCUAGUCAUUCUUGACUCGAAACCUCAGACACAAUCCAAAGUUUUUCGCAGGAGGCAUGGCGUGGGUGGCGAUGAGACAGAAAUGCGGGCAAACCUUGAUGUCUCGUUGAAAGUUGGCCAGUUUGAGCGAGCUGCCCAAUUAAUCAACCGCCUCGGCUACUACCAUCCGAUUGGCUCACAGGAGUACCUGAAACUACACAACCGCUAUUUGAAAGAAAUGGUCUCGUACAUGGUUCUCAAUCGGGCACAGGAAAUGGUCCUCCCUCUGCAGAAAUGGUUUGAGGUGGAUAUGCCCGCCGGUGGCGUGACCCCCGACGAAGAGACAUUCGCAAUUAUGCUCCACAUGGCCAUCCGCAUGCUUCACGGAACGAAGCGGGAGAGAACAGUACGUCGUUAUUGGGAGCUUGCCCAAAACGCCGGGCUUGAGGAGGAAAUUGUUGGCUUGGAGAUACUGGAGGAUUCCGAUGUUGGGGAGCUAUCGAGGAUUUGCUCUUCCGACAUGUUGGACUUAGUGUCUCAAUAUAUGAGGAUGGAUGGGUCCCUGGACGAAGCCCAGCUUGAGCGCGUGCCCGCUGCCAUGGACGACGCCCCCGUGAUUCAAUCGGUCGAUCAAAAAGGAUUAGGGUUGUCAAGUCUCAAAGAGUCUCUAUCCCUCUUCACAGACGUUGCUGAAAUUCAGUUGCCCUCGAAUUUUAAAGGCACCGAAGAAGAAGCACAGAUACUACGCAACAACAUAAGACAAGAAAAGCUGGAAGCAGAUGGCAUUGAAUCGGCACUCGCUCGUUGGCGCACAGAGAACGCCCAGAGACAAAAAGCAGGUCUGAAUGCCUCUUCGGAAGAAAAACGACUCAACUUUGUCUUGAGCCAAUGGCACACGGAUCUUGUGGCAAGAAUCAAGAAAGAGUUGGAGCUGGUGGAAGACGCCCUUGCGAAUCCCAUUACGAGUGUUGAGCAACGGGAUCGUUGUGAUUAUGGUGUAUAUCUCCAAUCUCUCGACGCUGAUCGAUUAGCUGCGCUUACUAUCAUUACGGUCAUGGCCGUGUUCAGCCGCACGGGAAUGGACAAAGGAAUUAAGCUUUCUGCUAUCGCUGCAAGUCUCGGAAAGGAACUGCAAGAUGAAUUGAUCGCCAAAAGCGUCAUGGCGAAAAACAAGGGUGUAAACCCAACUCGCCUCAAGGCCCUGAAGGAGACUCUUGCAAAUCGCAAGAGUAAGGAUGGCCGCAUGCGAUGGAAGAACCUCGUCGAGAAAGCCAAUGAAGAAGAGUCACAUGUUCAUUGGGGCUCCCGUGUACAAGUCAGAGUCGGUGCAAGCCUUAUGAGCAUGCUUUUCGAUGCCGCCAAAAUCACCGUUUGGACUGAGGACGCCGUCACCAAGAAUAAGGUCCGCACGACGCCACCGGCCUUCCAACACGCUUAUCAAAUCCACUACGGAAAACGCUCGGGUCUCAUCCAUAUGCACCCUGAAAUUGUCAAAAUUGUCACAAAAGAGCCUGCUUCAGAAUUGUUGGCCCGACACCUCCCGAUGAUCACUAAACCGAAGCCGUGGACUGGACCACGGAAUGGUGGAUACAAAGUUUAUGAAAGCAGCCUGGUGCGCAGUACUGCCGGCGAACUUCUACAACCGGCUUACAUCAAAGCUGCCAUGAAGGACGAUGGCAUGAAAGAGAUUCGAGCUGGCCUUGAUGUUCUUGGAAGUACUGCCUGGAGGAUCAAUCGGUCUGUCUUCGACGUAAUGGUUCAAGCUUGGAACACUGGAGAGGCCGUGGGAAAAAUUGCGCCUCUGGACCCAGAGCUACCGAUGCCUUCACAGCCAGGUCCAGAUGCCUCCCCCGCGGAACAGCAACAAUGGAGUCGACGGGUGCGAGAAAUUGAGAACCUUCGCUCUGGAUACCACUCCAUCCGCUGCUUCCAGAACUUCCAGCUUGAGAUCGCGAGAGCUUACCGCAACGAGGUCUUCUACCUGCCCCACAACAUGGAUUUCCGCGGCAGAGCGUACCCUCUUCCUCCCUAUUUGAACCAGAUGGGAGCCGACAACUGUAGAGGGUUGCUGCUUUUCGACACAGGAAAGGAACUUGGUGUAAGUGGCUUGCGCUGGUUGAAGAUUCAGAUUGCAAACUUGAGUGGCUUUGACAAGGCCAGUAUGUCUGAGCGGGAGCAAUACACCAUGGACAACUUGGAUGAUGUUCUCGACUCUGCCAACAACGGUCUGAAUGGACGCAAGUGGUGGCUUAAGGCCGAGGAUCCAUGGCAGUGUCUGGCUGCUUGUGUGGAAUUGCGCAACGCCUUAGAACUAUCUGAUCCCACUACAUAUGUGUCUCAUCUUCCCAUCCACCAGGAUGGCUCAUGCAAUGGUCUUCAACAUUACGCAGCCCUGGGCGGUGACAAGGCCGGUGCCCAACAAGUUAACCUUGAGCCCUCUGAUCGCCCAUCAGAUGUCUAUUCCGGUGUGUGUGAUUUUGUCAACGAGAGCAUUACGCAGGACGCGGUCAAUGGCAACAGCCUAGCCAAGAUUCUCGAUGGCAGAGUGACAAGAAAGAUUGUGAAGCAGACAGUUAUGACCAACGUAUACGGCGUGACCUUCAUGGGAGCGACAAGACAAGUGAAAAAGCAGCUUAUCGACUACCUACCGGACCUAUCUACCCCAGACAGGGUGCGAGCGUCUAUCUACAUCGCCCAGAAAAUUUUUGGCGCUCUCGGUAGCAUGUUUAACGGAGCCCACGACAUUCAAUAUUGGCUUGGUGACUCUGCGCUCCGCAUCACACAGUCCUUGACACCGGAGCAAAUCGAGCAACUCACCGAGCAAGUGUUGACACAUCAGGCCAAGAACCGCUCUCUUGCCCCGAGAGCCCUCGACCCCGAGAAAUCAUUCCAGUCGACUGUCAUCUGGACCACUCCGCUGGGUCUUCCAGUCGUUCAGCCAUACCGCACUCGGAAGGCUCGUCGUGUGCAAACUACUUUGCAAGAAAUCAGCAUCAUGGAUCCAAGUGCCGAUGACGUUGUUUCCAAGCGCAAGCAGCUUCAAGCUUUCCCGCCUAACUUCAUCCACUCCCUCGACGCUACGCACAUGAUUUUGUCCGCCAACGCAUGCCACGAGGCAGGCCUGACCUUCUCCGCCGUCCAUGAUUCCUUCUGGACCCACGCUGGUGAUAUCGACCAGAUGAAUGAAAUGCUUCGAGAUGCUUUCGUUCGCAUGCACAGUGACGAUAUUAUCGGGCGUCUCGCAUCUGAGUUCAAGGUGCGAUACGGCAACAACUUGUUCCUUGCCAGGGUUCCCCUGACCAGCAAGCACGGCAAGGCAAUCCGCGCUAUGCGCAAAGGCGGCAAGAGCUCAAAGCUCGGUGAGCUGAUUCAAGAGCAACGACGACAGACUCUUCUCAAGUCCGAGGACCCCGAAGACCAAGCGGAGGGUCGUGCUAUGGUCACACCCGCCAGCGUUUUCGAAGAAAUGGGUGGGACAGACGAAGACAUGUCCAUGACCAAAUCAUUGGGUGCAACCGCAAUGGGCCACGUGCCAGAGAAUCUUGAAGCCGCCGAACGUGCGCCGAUGGCAGAUGGAAUCGAUACUUCUGAUCCGGCCAUUCAGGGCCUGAUUGGAAACAUGGACUUACCCGACGGCAAGCUGCUUGACGACGAACCAGAACCUAUGCCGGAAACUGCCGACAAGGCUGCUCCUGCUAAGAAAUCAUCAUCGCGCGCAGCGACCACUUGGAUGUGGGUUCCGCUGAAGUUUCGCCCAGUCCCUAAGAAGGGAGACUGGGAUUUGACUCGCAUUCGCGAAAGCAAAUACUUCUUCUCUUGA